AGGUGGUGACAAAUAAGAAUCAGGUAAAAAUUUGUAUCCACAACAGGAAAAAAAAGCUCCCGCAAAUUCACGCGAAAAUGGCGAGUCAAUGAGGGGUCACAAUACUCCGACGACACUCUCGUCAUUCUCCAAUAAAAUCAGACAAAAAUUUGGCUAAAAGCAUAGAUUACAGAAGAAAAUUCACAGACAGACAGAGAAGGAGAAUCAGUUGAGGACAUCCUCCCAUUCCUUUGACAAAGUACAGCCCACCAUAUCAAUUUUACCAUCAAGAAAUUAAAAAUUAAACAAUUACCUAAAACAAAAAAACUUUCAUUUUCUCCCGGAGAGAAAUAGAAUAAAGAUUGACUUUGUCUAUUAACCCAACUCCUGACUGGGUUCCCUUUAUUUUUUAUAUUUUUUCUGGGAUUUCAAUGUUUUUGUUUAUUUGGGAUUCUAUGUUCAGGUAGUUGGGUUGAAAGUUUUGAUUUUGUGGUGUAAAGGUUUAAUCUUUGUUUGAUUAUCCUCAUUUUUCCAAUGAUGUUAUGGAGAGACCCUGGUCAACCUGCAGAUUCUUAUUAUGAAGUUAGAUCUGAGAUUACAGAUGCUCCAAAGACCAAGUUUAGGAUCAAGGCUGGUAAAACAUUGAGUGUAAGGAAAUGGCAAUCGGCGUUUUCCCCAGAUGGCCAACUUGAUAUAAGCAAAACACUUGGUAGGAUUCAUCGCGGGGGGAUUCAUCCAUCUAUUAGAGGAGAGGUUUGGGAAUUCCUUCUUGGGUGUUAUGAUCCAAAGAGCACCUUUGACGAGCGAUCUCAAAUACGACAACGGAGAAGGGUGCAAUAUGCUCAAUGGAAAGAGGAAUGUCGUCAGAUGUUUCCCCUUAUUGGAAGUGGUAGAUUCAUUACAGCCCCUGUAAUCAAUGAUCGGGGCGAAGCUAUUAUGGAUCCAUUGGUACUCCUGGAAACAAAUAUCGGAGAAAACGCUGAUGUCGGAGGAUCCGGUGAUGGUUCUGGCUAUUCGGAGAGUGCAUCGAAGAACGAUGGUCCGAUGUCCAAGAAAGAGAUUCAGUGGAAGCUCACUUUACAUCAAAUAGGUCUUGACGUGAAACGCACUGACAGGGCUCUCGUCUUCUUUGAGAAGCAGGAUAAUCUCGCUAAACUUUGGGAUAUAUUAUCCGUUUAUGCCUGGAUAGACGGAGAUGUUGGGUAUUGUCAAGGAAUGAGCGAUCUUUGUUCCCCUAUGAUAAUCCUCUUAGACAACGAAGCUGAUGCCUUUUGGUGCUUUGAACGCCUUAUGCGCAGAUUGCGAGGAAAUUUCAGAUGCACUGGCAGAUCGGUUGGAGUAGAGGCUCAACUUAGUAACCUAGCAACAAUUACUCAAGUUGUUGAUCCGAAACUUCAUCAACAUUUGGAGACGCUAGGUGGAGGUGACUAUCUAUUUGCCAUUCGGAUGCUCAUGGUUUUGUUUCGUCGAGAAUUUUCUUUUGGUGAUUCUUUAUACCUUUGGGAGAUGAUGUGGGCUUUAGAAUAUGAUCCCGACCUUUACAUGGUGUACGAAGAGCCCGGUUCCUCUAGUGAAGGUGCCGAGGGAUCUAAAGGAAAACUGAAGUCUAUUCGCCAUUAUGGAAAGUACGAAAGAGAAAUUUUGAAAAGUGGUGCGAAGGCUGAUGAUCCUCUCCCAAUUUCUGUCUUCCUUGUUGUCAGUGUAUUGAAAGAAAAAGGCCCGCAACUACUUAAAGAAGCUCGUGGUCUCGAUGAUGUUGUAAAGAUUUUGAACGAUAUAGCUGGAGAUCUAGAUGCCAAGAAAGCUUGCACCAACGCAAUGAAGCUACAUAAAAAGUAUCUUAAACAGGCAAAGAAGCCAUAGCAAGGAAGAUGUACCUUUUAAUUUUCAGUCACAGUUGACAAAGAACGAGUGAAAAUUGAGCUGAAUUCUUUUUUGAUGUUAAAAGAAACAAUUGUAUCAUAGAAAUCAAAUGGGUUAAUUAGCAUUAAUCCCAACAAUAAUACCUAAAAAAUGUUGUUGUACAUCAUAAACAUUCUUUGUCCAAUCUUACUAUCAAUGGAAGUAAUAUUUAUAUUUAUUUAUAGAUUCAUACCUUGUAAAUUAAUUAUUAAUUAGUA